AUGUUCAUCUACAUUAAAACCUCUAUGGGGAAAUUAACGAGGUUAAUUGUAGACCCUAGUGAUACUAUCGAAAUGGUCAAAAUGAAAUACGAAUUUGAAGUAGGAAUACCUUCAGGUAAGCAACGUCUAGUCUUUGGUGGAUUACGCCUAGAAGAUGAGCAUACUUUAGCAUAUUAUGGUAUCCAGAACGGUAAGAUUGGGCAUGUUUCAUCUCCAAUAGAAGUGGAAUAG